UUUUUCAUUAGUGACUGCUGUCAUAAUAAAAUUAAGUUUUAUCCACACCGUCGCUUUAAUUUUUAUUUAAUUUUUAAUUUUUUACAGCGCAGUGAGUUGUCAAUGCAGAAUAGUUCAAUUAUUCUACUACCACGCUCCUUAUUUUCGUGCCUCAAGCUCCAGCGGAGUGCUAGUAUCAAUCGAGUAAGAUGCAUCUCGCAGACUGUUAAUUAAAUUUUUCUCCUCGAGUCCUCAACUUUGAGGAGUUACUCAAAUGGUAGUUCAGAAAAACCAAAAACAUGGCUGAAAUUAAUUGGCCCUGGCAGUAUAAUUUCCCUCCAUUUUUCACGAUACAACCAAACAAGGAGACGCAGAAGUUACAAUUGGAUGCUUGGAAGAGUCUUGUUCUUGACUAUUGUAGAUCAACAAAACAAUGUGUUAUUGAUGUUCGGGAAGCAAACAACUCGCCUGUUUUUCACAAUGCUGCCAUCUCCAGAAAACUACCUCCCGAGGGAAUACUAUUGGUGCUAGAGGAAUUAGCUGCUUCCGGCAAUGCGGAGCCUUUAGAUAAAACCAAAACUAGGUGGUUCAUUUUCUGGCGGACACUGCAAGAAUUAGCAUCAAUAAUCCACACUUGGGCAAAGGAUAAUGGCUUUACUAACACAGUGUGCACUUUUUAUGAGCUUACGAAUACCCCAGAUCAAGAAUUCUCAGGUAUUGAUGAAGAUGUUUUGCAAAAAGCCCUUAAAGAACUGGAAAAGCAAGGAAAAGCCGAAGUGAUCCUAAGCCCAGAAAUUAAUGGUGUCAAGUUUUUCUAAACUCAACGGAGUUAUGUAUUAUAUUUUGUGAUAAGUGCUUCUAUCUCUCUCUUUUUUUGUUUUUUUAAGAAUUUAUUGAUAAUAAAAAUUUGAUGAAAUAUAUCGAAA